AUGGACCACAGCAACAAUUUCUUGAGAGGGAUCAUCAACGAUGUUAAAGGAAGAGCCUUAUGCUACAGACAAGAUUGGGAGGUUGGACUCCGUACUGGCAUCAGCAUACUUGCUCCGACCAUGUACAUCUUUUUUGCUUCUGCGCUUCCAGUCAUUGCUUUUGGAGAACAACUAAGUAGAAGCACUGAUGGUGCUCUAAGCACGGUUGAAACGUUAGCUUCAACAGCAAUCUGUGGCAUCCUACACUCGGUACUUGGCGGACAACCAAUGUUAAUUGUAGGAGUAGCAGAGCCCACUGUGAUAAUGUACACAUAUCUCUACAAUUUUGCAAAAGAAAGAAAAGAUUUAGGAGAGCGUUUGUACUUGGCUUGGGCAGGAUGGGUCUGUAUCUGGACUGCGAUCAUGCUAGUUCUUCUUGCAAUUUUCAAUGCUUCUGCUAUUAUUAGCAGAUUCACAAGAGUCGCAGGAGAGCUGUUUGGGAUGUUGAUUACACUCCUCUUCUUCCAAGAAGCUAUUAGGGGACUUAUAAGUGAAUUUGAAGUACCAGAAGGUGAAGAUCAUACUGGACCGAUCUACCAAUUUCAGUGGUUGUACACAAAUGGACUACUGGGGAUCAUAUUUACUACUGGACUUCUUUUUACUGCACUGAAGAGUAGAGGGGCAAGAGCGUGGAGAUACGGCACAGGUGCGCUUCGAGGUUUUAUUGCAGACUAUGGGGUGCCACUGAUGGUCGUGGUGUGGACAGCCAUGUCUUAUGCUCUCCCAAGCCAAGUUCCAUCUGGAGUGCCAAGGAGGCUUUUCAGUCCUCUUCCAUGGGAACCCAAGUCAUUGGAGCACUGGAGUGUAGCUAAGGGUUUAUUUUCUGUUCCUCCACUCUACAUCUUUGCUGCCAUCAUACCUGCUUUGAUGGUUGCAGGACUCUACUUCUUUGAUCACAGUGUCGCUUCUCAGUUGGCACAGCAAAAGGAGUUCAAUCUGAAGAAUCCCUCAGCUUACCACUAUGACAUCUUGGUCCUCGGUUUUAUGGUUCUGGCAUGCGGCUUGAUUGGAAUACCCCCGGCAAAUGGUGUUCUGCCUCAGUCCCCGAUGCACACAAAAAGCCUUGCUGUUCUCAAGAGGCAGAUAAUCCGCAAGAAGAUGGUUGAAAGUGCUAAAGAGGGCAUAAGGAAACAAGCUAGCAGUUCGGAAAUCUAUGGGAAAAUGCAAGAGGUGUUUGAAAAGAUGGACAAGGGCCACACUACCAUCUCAAUUGAUAAAGAACUGAAGAACUUGAAGGAUGCUGUCAUGAACGAUGGACCUCGCGGACAGGAUUCCAAAGUACAAUUUGAUCCAGAGAAGCACAUUGAUGCCCAUUUGCCAGUCCGGGUCAAUGAGCAAAGAGUAACCAAUCUUUUGCAGUCUUUGCUGGUCGGUGCCUGCGUUGGAGCAAUGCCUGUGAUAAAAAAGAUACCCACAUCAGUUCUGUGGGGAUAUUUUGCUUACAUGGCUGUUGACAGCCUGCCGGGGAACCAGUUUUGGGAGAGGACAUUGCUCAUGUUCAUCUCUCCUGGCCGCCGAUUCAAGGUUCUUGACGGCACUCAUGCUUCCUUCGUGGAAUCGGUUCCCUUCAAGCAAAUUGCUGUAUUCACCAUCUUCCAGAUUGUGUAUCUGCUGGUAUGCUUUGGCGUGACAUGGAUACCAAUAGCAGGAAUACUGUUCCCGUUGCCAUUUUUCCUCCUCAUUACCAUUAGGCAGCAUGUCCUGCCCAAGUUCUUCCAUCCACACCACCUUCAGGAGUUGGAUGCAGCGGAAUAUGAUGAGAUUGUCAGAGCACCUCGCCACGGUCGCAGCCUCUCAUUCGAAGGGGAAGGUUCUCCAACAGAAAACGAUGAUAACCAAAUAGAUGUUUGUGAUGCUGAGAUACUGGACGAGCUCACCACACAUAGAGGGGAGCUCAAGCAUAGAGCCAUGAGUUUCAAAGAAGAGAGGUCUCAGGUCCUUAAGAUAUAUCCACAUCACAAUAAGAGCUCGAGGGCCCAAUCGACAUUGGAGGUGCACGACAAUGCGGAUCGAGAGCUAGAGAACCAGACCUACAAAUUUGAGGUGCCGGCACCGGGGCUGACGGUUGAGGAGUGCUUGCCGGGAGUUAUGGAACAUUGCUGGUGA